AUGCUGACGCGUCUCCACCUCGCCGUCCUGCUCCUCCUCGGUGUCGCCUCGAACCGAGCGCGCGGCGGCAGGGUCGCCACGGAGGUCGUCACCCCGGACUUCACGGCGUCGUACCUGCUCUUCCAAGACAGCUACGGCGCGUUCCUCGCGUCACCGAGCGGCGCGUUCCAAGCCGUGGUCUACAACCCGGGGGACCAGCUGGAGCGGUUCUACCUCGCCGUGCUCCACGCGCCGUCCAAGACCUGCGUCUGGGUCGCCAACCGCGCCGCGCCCAUGACCGACCGCGCAGCUCCGCUGCAGCUCACGGCCAAGGGGAUCUCCAUCGAGGACCCCAACGGCACGACCAUCUGGUCUACGCCGCCGUUCGGGACUCCCAUGGCUGCGCUCCGGCUCGACGACCACGGCAACCUCGCGCUGCUCGACUCGAGGAACGCCACGCUGUGGCAGUCCUUCGACCGCCCCACCGACUCGAUCGUGUCGUCGCAGCGGCUCCCCGCGGGGGCGUUCCUGGCGUCCGCCGCGUCGGACUCCGACUUCUCCGAGGGGGACUACCGGCUCAACGUGACGGCGGCCGAUGUGCUGCUCACGUGGAUGGGCUCCAUGUACUGGCGGCUCUCGAACGACGCCAGCUCGACCGUGGACCGAAGCGGCACCGUUGCGUACAUGGCCGUGAACGGCACCGGGCUGUACCUGCUCGCGGCGGACGGCGGGGUCGUCAUCCAGGUUUCGUUGCCUGAAGCCGAGCUGCGAGUUGUUAGGCUGGGAUAUGAUGGGAAGCUGCAAAUCGAAAGCUUCGCGUCGGCGAACUCAUCUAACUCGCCGAUGGACGGCGGGUUCGUGGCGCCGAGCGACGGAUGCGCUCUGCCCCUCUCCUGUGGCGCGCUCGGGCUCUGCACGCCCAAGGGCUGCACGUGCCCACCCUCGUUCGCGGCGUCGCGCGACGGUGGUUGCGCGCCGUCUGACGCCUCCGCCCCGCUGUCCGUCUCCUCCUGCGGCGGCACUGGUGGCGGUGGCAAUAACAGCUUGCCGGUCUCGUACCUCAGCCUUGGCAAUGGCGUCGAGUACUUCGCUAACAAGCUGGCGCCGCCGACCGUGUCUGGCGACAACGUUUCCUCAUGCCAGACUCUGUGUACCAGCAACUGCUCUUGCCUCGGUUACUUCUACGAUGACUCGGCUUUGUCCUGCUACUUGGUGCAGCACCAGCUCGGUUCCUUGAUGAAUGCCGACUCCACUAAAACCUCCGACAAGCUCGGCUACAUCAAGGUCCAGAGCUCGCAGCUAUCGAGACCAUCGAGCAAUUCGUCCUCAAACAGCACCCUCAUUGCCAUCCUCCUCCCAACAGUGGUCUCGUUUGUGCUCAUCGUCGUCGUCAGCGCCACCGUGAUCAGGGCGUGGCGUAAGGAAGUGGGGCGCUCGUCGCGCUCCAGGGACAUGCAGCUCCGGCGGCAGCGCUCGCCGUCGGACUCAGCGCACCUGGUGCGGGAUAUUGACGACGACGACGACGACGACAUCGUCAUUCCUGGCCUCCCGACCAGCUCGUCGCGCGGCGGCAAGAGCGACUAUUUCCCGCUCGCCGCCCUGGAGGGGCACGAGGCCGGGCACUACGCGGAGCUGGCCGACCCUCGGCUACAGGGGCGGGUGGUUGCCGAGGAAGUGGAGAGGGGGGUGAAGGUGGCGCUGUGCUGCCUCCACGAGGACCCACACCUGCGGCCGAGCAUGGCGGUCGUGGUCGGCAUGCUGGAGGGCAGCAUGGCGCUGUGGGAGCCGCGGGUGCAGUCGCUCGGGUUCCUCAGGCUGUACGGCGGGGGGUUUUCUGGGCCAGCGGACGGCGGAGGCAGCGACAUGAAUCUGAAGCAUAUGGCGUCCCCCAUGGGCCGGUCAGGGACGACGACGUCAACGACGCUUCACUUGGACAGCGACAUCCUGGGACUGGAAAGCUGCGAGUGCCGCCUUACCCUCUCCAGUGCCACCUUGCUCGGUGACGAGGCACUCGGCUUGUCCGCGAACGCCUGGGACAAACGCUUCUUGGCCGAAGACGGUGAGGGAGGCACUUGUAGAGGCGCUAGCGCUGGACCGCUCUCGGGAGCGUCAAACAUGUCAGAAGUGGCCAACACCGUCGACGGGCUCGGGCAUCUGACGACCUUGGCCCUCACGGACUUUGUUGGCUGCAUGUAG